GUUUUCUUCUUUAUAAUGAACGUAAUAGUAGCUGUUGCCUCAUAGAUUGGAGAAGAAUAAAGAAGCUAGAACAUACAUGGUCUUCAUAGCAUACAUUCCAAGUGCUCCUUAAAGGUAUACAACCAACACUUAGAAAUCUCUUAUUGAAAGAAAAGCUUUAAGGCAAAAUUUCUGAUUGGGAAUCAAUGGUAGAUGGAGAAUUGUGGAUUUCCGUUUACACGAUAUAUAUGAUCCAUGUCUCAUCUUCCCAUCUAGGACCUUCUGGCUCUGAAGACAAAUAUCAGCCACUGGGAACUAAGAGGAUGUCCUUCAAGGAUUUGAUGUUUGGAAUGAUUUUCUUAUUACAGACUACAGUUGGUAUCCUGGGCAACUUUUUCCUUCUUCUCCAGUAUAUCAUCCUUUACUUCACUAAAUGCAGGUUACGGUCCACAGACUUGAUUCUCAAGCACCUGACUAUAGGCAACUCCUUGUCCAUUCUCUGUAAAGGAAUCCCAAAGACUAUGGAAGGUUUUGGGUGGAAAAAUUUCCUCAAUGAUGUUGGAUGCAAAUUUGUUUUAUGUGUUCACAGAGUGGGCAGGGGAGUGUCCUUUGGCAGCACCUGUCUCUUGAGUAUCUUCCAGGCCAUCACCAUCAGCCCCAGGAACUCUAGGUGGGCAGAGCUUCAAGUGAAAGCUCCCAAGUACAUGGGUUUCUCCAUUUUCUCGUGCUGGAUCCUGCACAUGCUGCUAAACACCGAUUUUCUUGUGUCUGUGACUAGUAGUUGGAGCAAUAAAAGCAUCACAAACAAAAAAGACUAUGGAUACUGUUCUUCUGUGAGAAUUGACCAAACCACCGGCUUACUAAACUCAUUAUGGCUGGCACUCCCUGAUGUUGUGACUUUGGGACUCAUGCUCUGGUUCAGCAGCUCCAUGGUUUUCAUCCUCUACAAACACAAGCAGCGGGUCCAGCACAUUCAUAGGAACAGCGUCUCCCCCAGAGCCUCUGCUGAGACCAGAGCCACCCAAACCAUCCUCGUCCUGGUGAGCACCUUUGUAUCUUUUUACAUCCUCUCCUCCAUAUUUCAAGUUUUUAUAGCUGUUUUUUAUCAACCCACUUGGUGGAUACUGAACAUAGAUGCACUAAUUUCUAUGUGUUUCCCCACUGUCAGCCCCUUGAUUCUCAUGAGCUGUGAUUCCAGCCUCUCCAGGCUCUACUUUGCAGUGAUAAAGACAAAAUUUCCUCAUCUUAUCAGAAAUACCUAAUUGUAUGUUUUUGCACAGCACUCACGUGUUUAUUCAUCUCACAGAAUCCAAGAACAUAUGAAAUGGUAUAGUAUGAACUGUUUUUUAUAUGUUUUCCUUUUAAUUUCUUUAUUGUUUUGACAUCAUUUGUGUAAUUUCAGAGUUUUUUUUUUUUUUUUGGUAACUACGUGGGUCAAAAUAUAUUGGCCAUUUCAACCGUCUUCAAAUGGACAGUUGAGUGACAGUAAAUAUGUUCAUCAUGUUGUUCAGCCAUCACCAUGAACCAUUCCCAAAUGUUUCCAUCUCAGUUAACAGAAACUCAGUGUCCCCUAAGAAUUCUGUCUUUUUUUCCCCUCCCUCCCAGCCAUACCUGGUAACCACUAAUUUACUUUGGUCUCUACACUUUUAA